AUGCGCGCCGCCCUGGCGUCAUCACCGACGAUCCACGGCGCCGUCUCGGAUCGACCGACGCGCGCUCGCCAUCCACGGGGCAUCCGCACGCCAUCCAGGGUUCGAUGCGGGGGCGACCCCGCGCGAGAGGGCACGCCUGGGACGAGGCCGGGCGUUUCCAUCUCGGUGCCGGACCCUUCGUCGUUCGGCCCGAACGGCGGCCGGAUCUUCUGCUUCGGCCUGGGUUACACCUCGCUCGGCCUCAUCAACACGCUCAAGCGCGCGGGGUGGCACGUGUCGGGCACGUGCAGGGACGAGGCGCGCGUGCGCAGCCUGAGGGCCGCGGGCGUCCACGCCCAUCUCUGGCGCCCCGACGACGUCGUGCGCAUGGACGCCGACGGGAUCGACGCCGUCCUCGGCGCGACGCACGUGCUCAACUCCACCCCGCCCAACGCGGACUUCGACAGGGACCCGGUCCUCGCGGACGCGGCGUGCAUGGACGCGUUGACGCGCGCUCACGACCGCGGCCACCUGCGAUGGCUGGGGUACCUCAGCAGCACCGGCGUCUACGGCGAACAUCGCGGCGGAUGGGUGGACGAGUCGUCGGCGUGCGCGCCGGCGUCGCCCGUCGCGCGCCGGCGGCGCGACGCGGAGUUGGAGUGGGAGACGACCGACCUACCCGUCGUCACUUUCCGACUCGGGGGGAUAUACGGCCCGGGGCGGAGCAUACUCGACACCGUGGCGAGGUCCGCGGGCGGGGAAGCGAUCGGCGAGAGUCGCAGGGCGAGGAGCGCGAGGAAGUUCACGUCGAGGUGUCACGUGGGCGACGUGGUGAACGUGCUGUGCGCCAGCAUGAGCGCGAGCGCGGAGACAUCAUCAUCAUCAUCAUCUUCUUCUUCUUCCUCCUCCUCCCGGCGCCGAGGGAGGACGCGGCGGCGUUUGCGCGGGCGCUCCUGGGGAUGGAGCCGGGGGGGUUCGGCGGGAUGGACGCGGGCGGGAUGGACGCGGGCGCGGAGGGAGCGCGCGGGGAGAAGCGGGUGA